GGGGAAGGGUGAGAUGGGAUGAGAUUUAUAAGAGAUAAUGGGUGAGAUAAUGGGUGAGAUAAUGGGUGAGAUUAUGGGUGAGAUAAUGGGUGAGAUUAUGGGUGAGAUUAUGGGUGAGAUUAUGGGUGAGAUUAUGGGUGAGAGUUUGGGUGAGAUUAUGGGGGAGAUUUAUGAGGUGAGAGUUGGGUGGGACUAUGGGGUAGAUUAUGAGCGAGACUAUGGGUGAGAAUUGAGGUGAAAUUAUGGGUGAGAGUCUGGGUGAGAGUCUGGGUGAGAGUCUGGGUGAGAGUCUGGGUGAGAUUAU